AGUUGGACUACAAAUCCCAACAAGCAUAGGGGGAAAAAAAAAAAACCAACAUAGAACUUCCUUUUGUACAAGGGUCGGUAAAUGUAACAAAGCUGUUUGAGAUCUCUUGGUGAGCACCAUGGGGCGGCUGGAUGGGAAGAUCAUCCUGUUGUCUGCGGCAGCACAGGGCAUUGGCCGAGCAGCUGCUAUUGCUUUUGCUAAAGAAGGAGCCAAAGUCAUUGCUACGGACAUCAAUGAGUCUAAACUGCAAGAACUGGGGAAAUAUCCAGGCAUUCAAAUACAGGUUCUGGAUGUCACCAAAAAGGAGCAGAUAGAAAAUCUGGCCAAGGAGAUUGAAAAGAUUGAUGUCCUCUGUAACAUUGCAGGGUUUGUUCAUCAUGGAACCAUUCUGGAGUGUGAGGAGCAAGACUGGGACUUCACGAUGAACCUCAAUGUUCGCAGCAUGUACCUGAUGAUCAAGACAUUCCUUCCCAAGAUGCUUAAACAGAAAUCUGGAAAUAUUAUAAAUAUGUCUUCUGUGGCAUCCAGCAUCAAAGGAGUUGUGAACAGGUGUGUCUACAGUACUUCAAAGGCAGCAGUUAUUGGGCUAACAAAGGCUGUGGCUGCUGAUUUCAUUGAACAAGGCAUCAGGUGCAACUGCAUUUGUCCUGGAACUGUUGACACGCCAUCUUUACAGGAAAGAAUCCAAGCCCGGCCUAACCCAGAACAGGCACUGAUGGACUUUCUGGCCAGACAGAAGACUGGCAGGAUGGCUACUGCAGAAGAAGUGGCCCAUCUCUUUGUGUACUUGGCUUCCGAUGAAUCUGCCUAUGUGACUGGUAAUGAACUAAUCAUCGAUGGAGGAUGGAGCUUGUAAUUGACUUUACCUGCAAAUGGAAACUCAUACUAUGAUGGGCAAAAAAAUGAGAAUGGUGUUUCUUGCAAAGAUUGAGAUCAUGCAUGUUGAUGCCCUUCCAAACAAAUUUGCUGCUACCUCUACAUUGAUCUUACUGAUUAACUUUCCCUUAAAUAGAGAAACACUGGAGUAAAACAUACUUCAUGUGGUUUCAAUUUAUGGCAGCUCCAAAAACAUGAAAGAACAGCAGUUUCAUGUUUAAGAUUUCAGGAGGCCAAAAAUAUUAUUCAAGUUACAAAAUCUGAGUUGUGUUUUAAGCAAAAUCUGAGUGAAAGGAAUUAACUAUUAUCUUUAUUCUCAUCUUACAAGGUAUUUGGAAAUUAAAUACAAUCAGAUUUUCAUGUACAGGAGCCACUAUGCAAGGGCAAUACUUUAGCAGGUAUGGAUGGAGUAUAUGUGAGAGGAGUAUUCUUAAAAAUAUGGGUGGAUUUUCAUGAAUAUGCUUGACUUGAAGCACAAAAGCAAAAGGAUUUUACCACUCUAGAUAGAGCCAAUAUAUUUGUCUCCAAAAUGAUGUACUAAUAUUGGAAAAAUUUCAUAAAAUCUAUUCCUAGGUGCUACAUUUUGGUGCUCUAUGCCUUAUUCUCAAGUACUAAUAUAGCUCACACUAAAGCACAAGGCAAAAUUUCUUUAAAAAGGACUGUUUCUACAAGAGUAUGUGCUGAUAUUUUUAUUGUGAUAGCACAUGGUAGCUUUGAUUCAUGAAAUAGAAACCUAUUAUUGUCAAAUUUCAUACUCUGGGAGAAAAACAUAGGUCCUGACCCAGAGAUCUAAGGCAAUGAAUAACCUGAAUUCACAAAACAUUUGUUUUGCUGACAUACUGCUUAAAACCAACAUGAAUUACAUGGUCUGACUGCCAUGGUUACCUUUAACAUAGCUCCAUUUAUCUUGUUCAUAAAUGAAACUCUGUGUAAGGUAAUACAUAUCUUCAUAUACAUUAUAUACAUAUAUAUGAGAGGGAAGAAUUUAGGACUAAAUGCUACUGAAUAUGAUUCAUCAGUAAUCAAAGCCAGGAAAAAUGUACAAUAUUGUCUGUGUGUUUCUGUAACAACAACUGCCAUGUUUAUAAAAUUAUUGCUUAAGCUUUUCAAUGUCAGCUGAAGCAUUAAUAUAAAUUACUUGAUUUCAAAGAUAAUGAAACACAUCUAGUUAAAGUGUGGCUUCUUAUUUUAAAAUGAUUGUAUGUAAAUGUAAAUUUUACAAAUGAGAAAAAUAUAGUGAAUGUUGGCUUCA